AUGUACGCUUCUCAGCACGGAACUUCGACAACUUCAGCGGGCGUCAAUAUUGCCGUUGAAGCGAAUUAUGAGUGGCAAAUACAGGAAAUCGCCUUUGAUGGAACAGAAAAAUAUUUAAAGCCUCCAUCGUAUUUCGACCACGUUGCGAAGUUGGCGCGGAAGGUCGAUUGGCGUGGACUGAUUGGUGCCGACGCGACUUACGACAAUCCGGAUGCUCUUCCACGUUUUGCCAGCGAUGAAGAAGAGUUCCACGAAGAAAAGGAAACUAAACCACAGUUGGAAGUCGAAGGCCGUAAAGGUUCCGAUGCUGGUCCGUGGCACUCAGUCGCUAAAAAUUUACAUGAAGCAUUGCAGCAAAUAAAUGUUCUCGUCGAUACAAUGAGUGUCUUGAAAACGUCUUAUCUCGAAGCGUUGACUGUCGCCGAUACUUUCGAAAUGCAACAUAACAUUCAAGAUGUUAUUCAACAGUCGAAACAAUUUCAGUGGAUCACAAAGCCCAGUGCUGUCUUGGAAAAUUCGCUAAAGCAUCGCGUUAAAUUGAAUAGUGAAAUUGAAUCAGAAAAAGAACUCUUUUUUCGAGAAUUAAAGAAAAUGCGAGAACAUUGGAGAGUGCGUAAAACUGGCAAUGUUGUUUUCGGUGAUCUCGGAUAUAAAAUAUAUGCUCCAAAAUAUAAUCCGAAAGAAAUUUUUGAAAUAACUAGGCGUUCUUCAACAAAUGCUUCAUGUUCUACACAAUCAGAAUCAUCAUUACAAGUCAUAGUGCCAUGUGAUCUGGCUCGGCGUGCAACGAUUUCUGUUUCAAUUGAAAUUGAUACUGAAGUUAUUCUACUAUAUCUUUAUAAAUUAGAAUUAUCGUAUAAUUCAGAUGAUAUGAAUUCAAAUGAUCUUUUUUCUGUCGUUGAUAAUGAUCUGGAUUAUAUGAAAGUUGACCCGCUAAAAAUUAUGGAAGUUCCUUGGUCAUCGGCAUUAUCAUGGGCACAAGAAACACUUAUAUGUAGAGAUAUUUUUAGUCAAUUAAGCGAAGAUGCUAUAAUUUUGCAAGAUCGAAUUGCAGUUGUUCGUGAUGGCGUUUUAAUUGUUUCACUUUUUGAUAACAUUCUUUUAAAAGUUCAAUUAUCGUUUUACCCUUUCGAACGAGGUCCUUUGAUAAAUCAUGGUGAUGAAUAUUUAACUCGUACUUUACGCCAAAUAUUUUUAAAUGACGUUUGCUAUAAAGCUGUUAGGAACCAGACAUUUGUGGCGAUGCCACUUACGAUGAUACCUGAUUCUUUUGACUUGCGUGGUCCUUUAGCAUUUACUGAUCAAGAAAUUCAGUCUCGUCUUCCGAAAAAGCGAUUAUUAUUACAACGACUUAUCGCUACUGCGGCUCAUCAAUUAUUAGUUAAUAAAGUGGUCAAUACUUUAGAAAAUUUACUUCUUCAAAAGGCUGAUCCACAGAUCAGUUGGAAAUGGUUGAGAUGUGGAGCAAUGCAGUCUUGUGCUGUAGUGUCAGCAGCAAAUCGUAGCUAUGAUUAUGCUGGAAAAACUACAUUUUAUAUUCGAAUUGAUUCUGCUGAUUUUUAUGUUUCUACAAAGGAAGGUCAACGGAUAGACUGCAAGAGAGAUGAACGAUUGCUUACUCAUACUAUUAAUUAUUUAAUUUGUAAUUAUAUGUUGAAUACAGUGGCUAUGAUUGCCAGUAAAUUAUGGCAAUGGCAAAUCUUACAUGCCAACAUAAAUGCUGUUGAUGAAAAUGGGGAAGCAAGUCCAACGAUUUACCUUUGCAAUCAAAAUUCUACUUGUGGAAUAUUCAUUCAGUUCCACUUACAAUUGCCACCAACUAUUCGUGUUCGAAAUAAUUUGCGCGAGGAAGAGUUGUUAAAUGUUAAUCAUGCUGAUUUCAUUGUUAUUAAUUAUAAUAAAUUGGUUGGAACAUCGUUAUGUCGAAAAAUUGAUUAUCUCUGUGAAAUAAUGAGGAAUUGA